CACUUACCACCAUAUGGCAUAAGCAUUUGUUCAUUCGACGAUGCUCUCGGUAAAAUCAGCUGCGAGAUUCUAUUUAUUAUUAUAUAAUUUGGUGUGUCUUUCAGGAUGGAGCGCAAUAUUCACCAUGAUGUGUAUCCAUAUCUCAUUUACAGGAUCUAUAGAUGGUGUAUACUAUUCAGUAGAAUCUUUAGUUCAACUCUUUCAAACAUUGGCCAUUUUAGAAUUAUUUCAUGCUAUUUUUGGUUUAGUAAAAUCAUCACCUACAUUUGUAUUUCUACAACUAUUUGGAAGAUUAUUUAUAGUUUGGGUUACUUUUUAUGAACCAUAUCAAGUAACCUCAGAUUUAGGUUCAUUUUUUAUUAUAUUAGCCUGGAGUAUUACUGAAAAUAUAAGAUAUUCAUAUUAUGCCUGGACAAUUUAUAAUUCUAACACUUUACCAUAUUUGAUGAUCUGGCUGAGGUACAAUGCUUUUAUAGUCCUGUAUCCAAUUGGAGUUCUAGGGGAAGUCUUGACAACUGUAUCAGCUUGGGAUUAUCUGUCAGCAUGGAGUCUUUAUCCAAUACAAUACGAAUCUAGUAUAAUCUAUUUCAAUAUGGCGCAUUUAGUGUUGAUAUUAACGAUUCCUUAUUUUAUAGGAUUUUUCUUCCUCUACACAUACAUGCUUAAACAAAGAAAAAAAGUUUUGACCAACCUUCAAUCUCCUAAGUGGAAAGAUCAUUCCCUAAACGGAAAUACUGAAAAAGUAGCUGCAACAGGUGAUGGAACCAAUCUCAAAGAGGACUAAAUCUAAUCUCAUUUUCUAAUAAAUAAAUAACAUAUUAUAUUUACUAUUUACAUUGGUAUACAGUCAUUAUUUUAUAUAUAUAUUUUUUUUUACUCUGAAAAAAUUUAUAAUCUAACUUUUAAUAACAUAGUUUAUAUUUGUUUUGGGAUUAUGACCACCCUAUCAAUACUAUUAAUAUAAAAAUAUGAACACUGCCUUUAAAAAUCCUAAUCAAUUAUAAUAUUUUAUAAUUUUUCAGUAUAUUGAUUCCAUCUUUUAAUUUUUUAAUAUUUAUUUUUUUUUAAAUUAUAAUAUACUAUUCUUUCCAUUUUUAAAAAAAAUAUAUUGGAUAGUAUUAGACUUAUAUUUUAUAACCUUAUAUGUAUUUAUUUCAUUUUUUUUAAAAACAAAUUGUCAUCUCAAUUUAUAAUUUUAUAUCAUCUUUCUAUUUAUUUUUAUAAAGAUUAUCAUGCUCAAUAUUAUGAUUUUUUUUGUACUACAAUUCAAUAGUCGUAUUUAUAAAAUAUUCAAAUAAAUAUA